AUGGGUUGCUUUGCCAACAUUAUUCCUCUUUGGAAGUAUAUCACAAAGUUCCUGGGGCCUAUAAUCUUCAUUGGCGUGGAAAGGGGGCCCGACGACCUCGUGGUUACUUUCCUUCGUGGCUUGUUCCGUGACCGUCUUCCCUGGAGCGACUUCAAGGCAAUUGGGCAGCCUGCCAUACUCGCAGUUGCCAGAGCUGGUUGGACCUUCGAAGAGUUGAAUACUCUAGCCGACUUGAUUAGGGAAGGGAGAUUUGUUGAGGAGAUGUUGGAUAGAGCCCGUGAAACGGCGAGGAAUAACCGUAUAUGGAUUCAUAGCCGAAAUUCCUCUGAACCAACCAGCCACCUGCAAACACAGUUGGAUACAUUUAAAGAGAUCAUUGAGAAAUCCCGGAUAAAUUACAUCUGUCCACAAUGCCUUAAGGGGUUUCCCCGUCCUGACGUCCUACGCCAACAUUUCCAAAGCGAGAAAGACGAUAUACAUCAAGGUCUCGCUAUGAAAGAUACCGACUUUGGCACGUUCUAUGUCAACUAUCAGAUAGCUAUUAAGGCUUUUCUUCCUGCUUCGUUGUUGCGAUAUGGUCCAGAUUGUUUCAAGCCAAAUUUUGUAGUAGAGCAUUAUAAGGACGAUUCUGAAGCUGGUUGGUGA